UGAAACUGCUAGAGUAAGGUUUAAUACGAAUAGCUAUUCAUACCUUCAAGACUCCACUGAACCCGAAAUGAACCAACAAGGACAAAAUGGUACCUCGGAAAUUAAAGACUUGGGAGUGACUCCUACUUUACAACAUCUAAGCGAUUUUAGUGAAAAAUGUACUACAAUCAAAAAACUUUCUACAGAAAUUUUACAAAAAGCGGAAAAGGAUGCCGCUAAAAAGCCUGCUUUAGUUGGUUCGUCGAGCUUAAUAACAGAUCCUUCAAUUCAAGCUGCCAAACAACAAUUAGCCCGUUCGUUUAUUCAACUCAGAGGGUUGAAUCGUACUGCAAUGUUGGAAAAAAGCAGUGAUAAAUUGACCACUCAAGAAGCAAAACUAUCAAUGGAUCGAAUCCAUUUACAAUUACAAGAUUUGAACUAUAUGAAAACAUUCCUUCAAAGAGAAAUUCGCAGAUGUAAAUCGUUCAG